CAUAUAUUCCGGUACCCAAUGCCCAGACACGCACACUACCCACCCCACUCCCACCGCGGACUAACCACGCACCUCAUCCGCCGCGGCUCCCUGACAAUCACGUUCCCCAACGAUCCGAACCCGACGAGGGAGACGUUUGGGGUUGGUUCGCGCGUCGACGUGCCGGGCGGGAAAGUGCACGAGGUGUGGAUGGGCGAGGAAGGUCAGUUUUCCCACGAUCAA